GCCCCCGCGCGCGCCGGCGUCGUGCGCGCGCAGCGCCGUCUCGACGGCGUCGUCGUCCGGGGGGGACCCGGUCCGCACAGCGCGGAGCCCGAGCGCGAACCCACGGUUCGCCUCGCCGCGCGCGAGGCACAGCGCGAAGGCAGCCAGCGCCAGCAUCAGCGAGCCCUUGCAGCAGUUUUGUAUGCAAGCAAAAACGCUGCCGACGUAGAAACCCGCGAGCUCUGGAGGCUCGGGGCUCAAUCAAUCGCUAGUGAUUUAUCUUUAGCUUGUCUUAGACUCCACAGCCUUAGUGCUCAUUCAGGAGGUUGCUCCAAACAGCGUCUCCUCGUCGGCGUUUCGCGAAAAGGCGCGAACUAGGCACGACACGCGGGCACACUGCAAGUGGCAGGUACUUAUAGUUCGGUCCCCACCCCCCCCUCCCACAUAACAGGUAAGACACUAGCUCACUCAAGCUUUUUGUCGAGCGUCGCCUUUCCCCCGGGCUCCCGAGAGUUAGUUGUGCAAGCACUGUGCCUCAGCAACUUGCCUCGCCGCUUCUCACGAGGGGCGGUUGAGCGGACCUUGUCGCUCGUUUGUCGCCCUUGGCAACGGGGCCUAGCCGCGAUGCGCCGCCUA